GGUGGAAUACGUAUACAAGGGCGUGUAAAUUUUGAAGGAGAAAAAAUCUGGCUCUUUGGAUAUGGCCGUUUUGAGCGCGAGCUACCGCUCGUGGCGAAGACCGCCUUCAAUCUCGCCGCCGCAGCCGCUGCGACGGCCGCCGACGCCUCCCCCUCCUUCCCGACGACGCAGGCUUUGUGCCUGCACCGCUCCAUCGUCUCCAUCUCCUGUUCAGCAAACCAUUUCGCAUAUCGAGAGCUCUGGCAUCAUCGCUUGCCUUCGCGCCAAUAGUCCGGAGCUGGCGUUUGAAGCUGCCUGCGCUGCGCUUGGAGCUGGCAUUACGGUUCUGGAAAUAGUCAGGUCCACCCCAGGUGUGUUUGAGGUCUUGCGUCAGCUGAUCGAAGAUCACCCUACAGCAACCCUCGGAGUUGGGACCAUUUUGAAUGCUGAGGAUGCUCAAAAUGCUAUAGUUGCUGGAGCCAAGUUCCUGAUGAGUCCUGCAAUGGUUAAGGACAUUUUGUCUGACUCACAAGAUUGUGGAGUCCUAUACAUUCCUGGAGUGAUGACCCCCACAGAAAUAUUGUCUGCAUAUGAUGCUGGUGCCAAGAUUGUGAAGGUCUACCCUGUUUCAACAUUAGGUGGAACUCACUACAUAUCAGCACUUAAGAAGCCUUUUCCUCACAUUCGCAUGGUUGCUUCUCAAGGCAUUCCAUUAGGUUUAGCUGGAGAAUACAUUGCUAAAGGAGCAUCCGCAGUUGUUCUCUCAGAUGCCAUAUUCACUAAAGGAGCAAUGGCUCAAUGCAAUCUCAGUGAAGUAUCUAGAUUUGCUCACAUUGCAGCCUUGCAGGGCAGGGAAGCUGUCGAUCGGCGGAAAACAUGCUUGGAAUAGGAAGUUGUUGAAGGGCUAUUUGCCUUUGCAUCACCUCCAGAGGUACGGAGGACUUGAGGAAUGUUCAUAUACCUGAUGGCCGCUGAAAUUUCAGGUGCACCCUGCCUUGGUGGUGUGCAUUUUCUUGCUGGAUCGUGAGGUCAUUUGGCAAUGCCUGCAAUUCAAUUUUUGUGCAGUCGCUUGUUUCCCGUACAAUCGAUCGAUGGUUGUCCUAUGGAUGACUCGAGCGGCAUUUGAAUGCUUUCCCAAAUUCCGUUUGUGGAACUCAAUGCUUGAGUGAUCGUUCUUGCUGGAGCUCUGGGUUUGUCUCAUGAAGACAACGUCGUCGUCGUCGUCUCCCCAAUGUGGAGGUGUACACGUUCAGCCUGUAGUCUAUACUGGAGCAAUAGAAUUGGGCGCCAGAUUGCCGAUGAUAUUGACGACUGAAUAGUUAGCACUCGUCGGAGAACCUGUAGUUAGUCAUGAACAAUCUUUACCCUUUCCAGAUAA